AUGAAGUCAACAGUCUACCCUCUGACCAUCCUCGCUGGCUUGCUGGCCUCCACAAAAGCAAACCCUCUCCCUGUCCCUGUCGACACAAGCCUCAAGGAGUGCGGUAACCAAUGGUACAGCCCAAGCAGCUAUACCUGCCGAGUCGGAGCUGAUAGUAACGCCCUCUGCCCGGUCGUUAACGGCGAAGCCAUGGAGGACUGCAACGGCGCCUGCUACACACCUUACCGCUACAACUGCAGCGGAACGACUCUUGUUGAGAAUCCCAGAAAGACCAGUGGAACCUUCACUCUUACUGCCAGCAAUCCGGAUCAGCCCUUUGACGGCGAACCUAUCCAAGCUGCUGGUAUGCACUUCUGGGUUGGAGGACAUGCUGCCACCUACUGUCCAUCAAACGUCGGCAGUAUCUGCACCUCGUUUCCCAAUGACACUACCCUCAUCGGCAACGGCUACAUGAGCAUCUACUGGCAGAAGGACGGAUCAAUGGCCUUCACCCAAGCACACUCGUCUCAGCAGUACAACUUGAGCUACUACGGCGGCGGCAUUACCUACGAGGGUGGUGGCUACUUUGGACCCAACGGAGAGGACUUGAUCACUUGUCCCGUCACGCCAGAAGGCAGCAACACGACAGCCUGGAAGCUCUUCGCACGUCUGUCCGGUGUUGGAUUCCCAAGCUCGUGCGUCGGAUUGUACGUUGUCGUCCACGACCAGAACAUCACAGCAGGUGCUUGGCAGUACACCUAG